GUGUAUAGUUGACACGCGGAAUCUAGUGCAUUCCCACUUCGGUGACGGUCAUUGAUCCAUUUUUGCAAGCUGUCUGAGCUAAUAUUUGCCAUCGACGGAGAUGCUUUGGUUUGGCUAAUGGUUUCAUUCUUAACUCAUAGCAAAGUGACGCUACUUUGGUAUGCUUUAACCUGGCUGAUGGGUACACGAAUUUUACAAUAAGCUACGGUUUCUAAACUCCUCGCUCUACUAUAAGUAGUGUCGAUUUGGAAUCUUCAAAAUCAGUUCUAAGUGAUCUUUCAUUUAAUCAGUUUCAUCUCUGCCCUGAUUUGUUCCGGAUACAAGCAAUGAAAUAUCUACUCCUGCUGAUCGCUAUGUGCCUUAGUUGUGCGUAUGCCGACGUGAGUGAGCUGCUAUAUAAACCGGAACCACAUACUGAAGAAGGAGACAAAACAUCGGACUCAAAACCGUCGACGGUACUUCCACAACCAAUUCCGGAGCACUUGGAAGCCAGACCGUACAAUGUGCUCACGAACAGCAUCGGCGCUUCGGAAUACGAACCUGAAACGCUGCCACACUUCUACGAAACCGUACAGGUUGAAGAACCGGCUGGUGUUCCGUUCACUUUGGUUGACGAGAGCGUGGGGAUCGUGGACACCGUUCAAGUGCAUUCACUGGGAGGAGGCGAAGCUUAUGGACAAUUCGUGGCAAUUGAGCCGGCCAUCAGAACCGUGCAGCUAGCGACUGGCCAUGCCGACUAUCAGGGACCCUACGUAUACCAGAAACCGAAGGUACCCCUGGAGUAUGUGGUACCGGUAGCACCGAAGUUGAAAGAUGACGCAACACUAGUGUCGAAUGAGUAUCUUCCGCCGCGGUUGGCUUCUGCGGAGAAUUUGGCUAAGCGUCAUGCGACGUAUUUCAUUCGACGAAUUUGAAUUUCGACUUUUUUGCGUUAAAUGGUACGCAACUGAGAAAGCUUGACCAGCUUUAUGAUAAGUCACAAGCGGGCAAGAUGCAAGCAAUUUCAAAAAAAUAAAAUGAGUAGAUUUAUG